AUGCGAUAUACCGACGAGCGCGACGAGCACCCAACUGAGCGUCUCCCUCGAAAGCCGCAGCCCAGCGUUACCGCCUCGUCUAGUCGCGAGUCCAGGCGCUCCUCCCGGCACUACACAACAGACGAUUCUCGAAAACCUCGAACCGACAGAGUGCCGUUGGGUGAACGCCCGGCAGAGCGACCACGAUCCACCAGUAGAGAUCGACGUCGACGGGAGCGACGAGCAGCUCGCUACGCCGCAGACCCCGAGGGAGAACUGCUUAGACAAGAGCGCAGGCAUGAGAGAAGGGAGGAAAGAGAGCAGCGCCGAGCGGAGCGCAAGGAGAAGAGGGCGGAGAUAGAAGAGCGGAGAGCGGAGAGGGAUGAACGACGGCGGAGGAAGGAAGCGGCUGCUGAGCAGAUAGUUGUCCCAGUCGCAGACAGGCCCAGCAAGAAGAGAGACCCGACGGAAGAAGUCGAGCGAGCGACAGAAUUCUACAACCAGGACAGCAGGCCAAGAGACACAGUCUACCAAGAGAGCACGGAAAGCGGCACCGUCAAUAAUCAAAGCACAGAAACAGCCACAGCCAUCACACCCAACACGCAAGACUACGAUCUCGAAGACGGAUACGGACACAAACGACAGCAGUCCAAGAGAUACUACUCUGGGCCACCAGCGCGAGCACAAUCAUGGCAGUCAUACUCAUCUGAUUACUACGAGGAUGAAAAGUACCCAUACUCGCCAUCCGACAACGCGUAUGACGAGAUACAAUGGUACAAACGCAGGUCUUCGCAUGAUCGAUACCCAUACGAAGACUCGCGAUCCUGCUGUGCUUGCCGGCGAAGAUGGUGCAUAUUGGGUUCAAUCGCGGCAACAUUGAUCGGACUCAUAAUCAUCAUCGUGGUGGCUGUCGUGGUCUCGCGGAAUCAGUUCAGCUACACCCCCUCAACCGCCCAAGUCAACAACACUGCCGCCUUUGCCAGCGGUGGAGCCACGCAGAGCAGCGUCAACGACACCAGAGACGGCAUAGGCGCCGGCACAGACGCUUACAAGUACUACCAGGGCACCGCCUCCAACUUCCCUAAUCACACCCUCUGGAUCUCGUUUGAAGACAUGUGGAACAACAACGUCAACAACAUCCAACAAUCUUGCGGCUGGCUCAAGUACGGUGCUGAUGAUUCCGACAAAGAGAUCCAAGACAUCUACAACGCCAUCCAGGACCGAGCCAACGCAUCGCUGGUCGAUCACCGCCUUAUCCUGGCACUCGUCUUGCAGGAAUCGCACGGCUGCGUGCGUGUCCCUCACACUACAUCCUACGGCGGCGUCAAGAAUACUGGCUUGAUGCAGGCUCACGACGGGCACGAGUACAACUCGCGUCACAUGGACAAGAGCAUCCGUUAUAUGGUUCAGGAUGGAACUCAGGGCACCAAGAAAGGAGACGGCCUCGUGCAGGUCUUGAACAUGUACGGCAACCCAUAUUCCGCUGCUAGGGCCUACAACAGCGGAUUGAUCCCUAAGAGUGGUGAUCUCUCGGAAUCAGGAGGCGCAACGGCUUGUUAUGUGUCGGAUGUUGCGAAUCGAUUGACGGGCUGGGUUAAUGCCAAGUCGACUUGUCCUGGCUCAUCAUAA